AGGGUAUUGGCAGGCGGGCUGUGGAGGCUGGGCGGUUCCGACUGCCUGACGCCAGCGCGACCAGAUCAAUCCAGGCUCUGGGAGCGAGCGGGCGCGCCACGGCGAGGCCAGGGCCGAGGCUCGGGGACGGCGGCCGAGAGCGGAGAGGAGCGGAGCGGAGCGCGGGACCCAGCGCCCGGUCUCGUGCGUCCCCGCCGAUGGGCGCGCCGCCGAGCCGGUGCUAACUUUGGGUCCCCUUUUGGAACAGGAGGAACAGCGUUCUCUACUUUUCAGAACUGACUGAGGAACUCAAGAGAAUCUAUGUAAAUAAGCUGAGAUCUCUUCUGGCCUCGCCCCCCUCUGGAGACCUCACCACCGCACUGUGUCUGAGGAGCGAAGAACUACAACAGUCGCUAUGAAUGUGACCAGUUUGUUUUCCUUCACAAGUCCAGCUGUGAAGAGACUGCUAGGGUGGAAACAAGGUGACGAAGAAGAAAAAUGGGCAGAGAAAGCUGUGGACGCUUUGGUGAAAAAGCUGAAGAAAAAGAAAGGGGCCAUGGAGGAGCUGGAGAAGGCCCUGAGCUGCCCGGGGCAGCCGAGUAACUGUGUCACCAUCCCCCGCUCCCUGGAUGGCCGGCUGCAGGUGUCCCACCGGAAGGGAUUGCCUCAUGUCAUUUAUUGCCGCGUGUGGCGCUGGCCUGACCUGCAGAGCCACCACGAACUGAAGCCUCUGGAGUGUUGUGAGUUUCCUUUCGGCUCCAAGCAGAAGGAGGUCUGCAUCAACCCGUACCACUAUAAGCGAGUGGAGAGCCCUGUCCUUCCUCCAGUGCUGGUGCCCAGGCACAGCGAGUAUAACCCUCAGCACAGCCUUCUGGCACAGUUCCGCAACCUGGGACAAAACGAGCCUCACAUGCCGCUCAACGCCACGUUUCCAGAUUCCUUCCAGCAGCCCAGCAGCCACCCAUUUCCCCACUCGCCCAACAGCAGCUACCCCAACUCUCCGGGCAGCAGCAGCAGCACCUACCCUCACUCCCCAACCAGCUCAGACCCAGGCAGCCCUUUCCAGAUACCAGCGGACACCCCCCCACCUGCUUACCUGCCUCCUGAAGACCCCAUGGCCCAGGAUGGCUCUCAGCCAAUGGACACAAAUAUGAUGGCACCUUCGCUGCCCUCGGAAGUCAACAGAGGAGAUGUGCAAGCUGUUGCUUACGAGGAACCAAAACACUGGUGCUCUAUUGUGUACUAUGAGCUCAACAACCGCGUGGGCGAAGCGUUCCACGCCUCCUCCACAAGCGUGUUGGUGGACGGUUUCACUGAUCCUUCCAACAAUAAGAACCGCUUCUGCCUAGGGCUGCUCUCCAACGUUAACCGGAACUCCACGAUUGAAAACACCAGGCGGCAUAUUGGAAAAGGAGUCCACCUCUAUUACGUUGGAGGAGAGGUGUACGCCGAAUGCCUCAGCGACAGCAGCAUCUUCGUGCAGAGUAGGAACUGCAACUACCAUCACGGCUUCCACCCCACCACUGUCUGCAAGAUCCCCAGCGGGUGCAGCUUGAAAAUUUUCAACAACCAAGAGUUUGCUCAGCUCCUGGCACAGUCUGUGAACCACGGUUUCGAGACAGUGUACGAACUCACCAAAAUGUGCACUAUUCGAAUGAGCUUCGUGAAGGGCUGGGGAGCUGAGUACCACAGGCAGGAUGUUACCAGCACCCCCUGCUGGAUUGAGAUACAUCUGCAUGGCCCGCUGCAGUGGCUGGAUAAAGUCCUCACCCAGAUGGGUUCGCCCCACAAUCCUAUUUCAUCGGUGUCGUAAAGGGCCAGGCUUUGGUCUCUUGCACACCGGUGAGCCUUGCAUGUACUUGAAGGAUGGAUGUGUCAGACAAGAUGAGGUCUGACAAAGGAGUCUUGAUAAUACUUGACCUCUGUGACCAACUGUUGGAUUGAGAAAUUGACAAACCUUGGUAACAUGCUGUUGAUAUCAAGAACCUGUUUAGUUUACAUUGUGACAUUCUGUUGUAUAAUCAACUAAAAUGCUGACUUUUAGCAGGACUUUUGUGUAUAGUUAAAAAAAGAGAUGGCCAAGCCAGGGACAAAUUAUCUAUUAGAAGAAAAAGAAGAAAAAAAAAAAAAAGAAAAAGAAAAAGAAUGAUCCUAAGCAAUCCUUUUGCCUGGAGUGUUUGGCAGAGGGUUACGUUAACAGUCUUUGCAAGUGUGCUUCUCAUCAGGUUCCGAGCCACACUGAAUCAUCUUCUCAUGGGUGUUCAUAAUAUUUUAAAACUGUUUGUUUAGAAAUGAAUGGGGUUUUUUGUUUGUUUUCAAAGUAAAGGUUCAUCUUUAUGACAGACAUAGUAACCUUUCUAGAACUGUAUGCUGACUGUACCGCCGUCAGAGUGACGUCAGGCAUAUGCUCUGCUAAAUAUGUAUCUACUGGAGAAUAUUUGGAGGUUAUGAAUAGUCUAACUGGCUAGUGGAUCUAGGAAGUAUCUGAGGGCGGGGUGGGGGAAGGAGGUGAAACCGCAAACGGAGACUAUACCAUAAAGUUCAGUUUGCUGCCUUAAGUGAACAAGCUGGUGUCUGAAUUUGCUGUGUUUCAGUUUUUUAGAGUUUUAUCUGACUUUUUCCCUUUCUUUUCUUCUAUCUCAUCCACUCUACAAGGCAGUUAAGCAGCUGGUUAAUUCCUGUAACUGUGAGCAAAUGAAUAAUUGCUCUUAUUUGCAAAUCGACUGACUUUGUGUUUCAGUGCCCAGCAUAUGGAAAGCUUGAAUUUCCUGAGCAGUUUUUAUGGAGUUUACAAUACAGGCACAGGCUUUAAGUCCCAAAUAACUUGUUUGCCACACCUAGCAGCUCUGCCCAUCAUUCACAGGUUUAAAGAAGAUCCUGAUUGGACGCCAUUCAAACAUUUUUAUUUUGUUUUGUUUUUUGUACUGUUUGGUUUUGUUUUCUUCUGUUAAUUUUUUCUAUUCUCUUCUGCUCUUAUACAUUGAAUACUUUUAUUCCAACACUAGCAGGUUUUCUCUACUGGAAAAUUUUAAAUAAACCUGUCAUCAUUGCUUACUUUGAUUAAAAA